GCAGCUGCGGACGUCGUUAAGAAGCGGAGCGGACACCGGGCGGACGGUACGCGGCAUCCAUGGCCCCAGCGGCGGCGAAGUGAAGAAUGGGCUCCGCGGCGUCGCAGCCAUGGCCAGAUCCAGCACCAACAGAAGCGCCGACGGGGGGGAGUCACGGGUGAGCACCGGGACCGCGGACCGGGGAGAGGCGCGAGACCUGGCCGAGCCCCGGGAACUGUCUCUGGAGGCGGUGCUGAAGUCCUACGAGCAGCCCAUCAACGAGGAGCAGGCAUGGGCAGUGUGCUACCAGUGCUGCAGCGGGCUCCGGCUGCCCCGCCCGCCCCCGGACGACCGAGUGAGCCGGGUGAAGGACCCGUCCUCCAUCCUCCUGCACCGGGACGGAACCGUGUCGUUACAGCGCGAGGCUCGACCCAACGAUGACACAGAUGGACCUCCUCUUCCUCCUGCUGCUGAGUGUCAGCUGGUCCAGACGCUGGGCGUGGCCAUCUACCGGGCCCUGGACUGGGGUCUGGACGACAGCGAGGAGCGGGAGCUCAGCCCUCAGCUGGAACGCCUCAUCGAACGCAUGGCGGGGGACGGGCAGGGUGGCGAAAGCGGCAGCUCGGCGGCCAACGGAACCACAGACGAGGGCUACAGCGGACAGGAGGAAGAGGAGGAGGAGGAGGAAGAGGGAGCAGUGAGGCCGGUGUGUACGUUCCGCCAGGUCAUGGCCAUGUGCGCGUCUCGAUUGGCCAAUCCCAGCCUGGCGCCAGAGCAUUACCAGGCCGUCUGCAGGGCGCUGUUCCUGGAGACGCUGGAGCUGCAGACCUUCCUCAUCAAGAUCAGAGACGCUAAAGAGAUGCUGAAGAAGAUCACGACAGAGGAGGCAGUGGAGGACCGGUCCACGGCUGAACUGGACGCCCUCAAACACAGAGACUGGGCGCGUCUGUGGGUGCAGCUGAUGAAGGAGCUCCGUCAGGGCGUGAAGCUGAAGAAGGUGCAGGAGCAGCCGUUCAACCCGCUGCCCACCGAGUUCAGCCUCACACCGUUCGAGAUGCUGAUGCAGGACAUAAGGGCGCGGAAGUUCCAGCUCCGCAAAGUUAUGGUGGAUGGUGAUAUUCCAACCAGAGUGAAGAGAAAUGCCCAUGAGCUGAUACUGGACUUCAUCAGAUCCAGACCUCCACUCAAACCAGUGUCUGAGCGCUGCCUCCCCCCUCCUCCCCCCCAGCAGCAGUCGCUCCAUGACCUGGUCCUCGCUGAGAUUAAACAGGAGAGAAAGCUCCGGCCCGUGACCCCGUCCAAGUCCAGACCGUUUGGCUCUCUGCCCUGCCUGGCUCAGACCUGCCCCUGUAACGUCAAAUCCACAUCGUGCAUCGACCUGUCCGUCUCGGAGCCCGGGCCCCGCCCAUCGUCCCGCCCCCGCAUCCUCCUCAAAGCCCCGACUCUGGCCGAGAUGGAGGAGAUGAACAUAUCUGAGGAGGAGGAGUCUCCAGACGGCGGCGGCGAGCUGAGGAGGACUGAGAGUUCUCCGACACCCCUGAAGAGAGACCGGUCCUUCUCCGAACACGACCUGGCUCUGCUCCGCGGGGAGAUGCUGUCGGAGUCAGUCCAUCUGGGGGGGGUGAAGCUGAGGGGGGAGAGACCACGGGCCAGGACGCUGACGGGGGCCGGACCGCCACUCAAUCACAGAGCCUCCUUCCCGGUUCAUGGCUGGGUCCCGCCCUCUCCGGCCCGUCUGUCACUCAGCUCCGUCGACGAGACAACGGAAGGAUAUGAACCCACGUCAGGAUCCAGAACUGGAGACGAGCACCAGUGGAUGGACGAGUUCAGCCAUCCCGUGGAGAGUCUGGCCUUAACAGUCGAUGAGGUCAUCAACGUGCGCCGAGUUCUGGUCAAAGCAGAGAUGGAGAAGUUUCUUCAGAGCAAAGAACUGUACAACAACCUGAAGAAAGGAAAGGUUUGUUGCUGCUGCAGAGUGAAGUUCCCUCUGUUUUCUUGGCCGUCCACCUGCUUACUGUGUAAAAGAUCUGUGUGUGGAUCCUGCAGUGCAAAGAUGAAGAUUCCCUCUAAGAAGAUGGCCCACAUUCCUGUGUACACUGUGGGCUUCCACGGCACGCCGAAGAACCACGGACACAGGAGCCAAGUCUAUAAGUCGUUGCGUAGCCUCUCCCGCCGCUCCGUGGAGGAGGAGUUUCCCCACCUUUACGCCCACGGCUGCACGCUGAGAGACGUCUGCGCCGAAUGCACCAAGUUUGUGGCCGAUGUCAUUUCAUCCAGUCGUCGAAGCCUGGACAUCCUUAACAACACUCCUAAGAGGGAGGCCAAAGCUGCUGCUGCUGCUGCUGCUGCUGCCGCUGCUCAGAGACCGCCGCCGCUGCCACCCCCCCGUUCACCCCACCCACCCCCACAGCCCCACCGGCUACAACAGCAGCUCCACGCGUCGUCCACGCCGUCGGCUUCACCACAGCUCCACAACAAAACCAUCACCAGAGUGAAGGAAUAAGGGGACGGACAGAGCUGUAACCCUGUCACACAUAUGCACAACGGUAUCACCACGCACACAAACACUAGUGUUAACAAGGGGUUAGUGCAGGGGUGUCAAACAUACGACCCAAAACUGGCCUGCCAAAGGGUCCAGUCCAACCCAAGGGAUGGGUCUAUGAAAUGCACAUUCAGUCCAGUUUGAUUCCACGCGGAUCAGACCAGUGAAAUAAUAGAAUAAUAUCCUAUUUAUAAUCACAACUCCCAAGUUUUUCUCUUUAAAAAAAGGAAAAUUACACCAAAACGUUUACUUUUACAACCUAUCGUUUCACAAAAAAUCUGAAUAACCUGAACGAACAUGAACAUGAAAUGACUUCUAGACAUUUUUUUAGGUUGAGAAAUAAUGAGGAAAAUGAGAAAAA